GGCUGAUGUUCCGCUGAAACUCCUCUGACAACAUUAAUGUACCUAAGAGGCAAACUCAGACAUCUAGUAACGUUGUGCAAGGAUUGCUUUUUUCUUGUUUGUAAAUAAGGAGCUGUUGUCUUUUUAAGGGGUUUGAAUCUACUCUAAACUGUUGUUCCCCACCACAGAAUCCGUGUUUCUUGUUGUGAACUUGUAAACAAGUGUAGUAGGGUUUUACAAAGUAGUCCGGGGUCUUUGCAACUCCUUUGCAACAGCGUGAUCAAAAUGUCUCGAUCGCCUUCUCAAGGAUCAAAUAAGCCACCACGGAGUGGGGGACAAUCAGCCUCUCGACAAUCUGAUAAAGUGGCAUUGCAAUCUGCAAAAUCAAGUUCUGGUAAACACUCGGCUUUAUCAGUGGUUGAGUCUGUGGUAAAUCCAAAUCAUAAUCCAUUCACCAUUCCACAUGAUAAUGAUGUAUUUAUGCUACGAGACAAAGAGAGACAGAAAAAGAAACAGGAAAGAAUCCAGCAGCGAAGUUUAAAGGUGCAUGAAAAGACAACAUACACAUCACGUGUCAAUGCCAAAACAGCUGCAAUGAGGAAAAUAGGUGACGACAAUGAAGAUGACUUUGUUGAAGAGGAGAAAAAGAAAGACAAGGAUGGAGUGAUUGCAGUCAAAGAUGACCCUCAAUUUACAUUGGCAAUUACAAGAGAUCGCCAUGUGGAGAAAGAAAAUCUGGCAGAUUUCAUUUCUAAGAAAAGGGAGAUGUUUCUAGUCCAGUAUUCUUUAGGUGUGAAGCGUGAUGAAAUGAGGAAACUGGAAGAAAUUGCCCAGGCAGAAGAAAAGAAGCUUGAACUUGCUGAGCAGUACCUUGAAGAAGAUGCUGCAAUGUUUGAUGAGUUUUUAAAAGAAAAUGACAAAAACUCAGUUGAAGCUAUCAAAAUAGCUGAGGCUGAAACAAAGCUUAAACUUGAAAAAGUGGCUGAGAUUAAAAAAAUAAAUGCUCAAAUGAUGGCAAUAAAGAGUGAAAUAUCUAAAAAUGAGGACACUCUCAAAGAGUAUAUGUUGUACAAACAGUUCCUGGAUUCCCUUACUCCACAGGAGUGGAAAGAUGAUAAGAGAAAAGCCAAAGAGGAGAAAAAGAAGGCAAAACAGAGGGACAAAAGCUCAGUAUCAAAAAAGAGAAUUUCCAUAAUCAGCUCUGACAGAAACUCCAGUCGUGGUAGCCGUAAAGAAAGUAGGGCCAGCUCUAAAUUAGCGGGAAGUCCUUUAGUGAAGAUGCAAAGGAGUGAUGCAGAAGACAGUCCAGCCUCUGUUUACGAAACUGACGAAGAGGAGAGCGAUACUGAGCCAGACUUGUUUUUUGGCGAUCCUCAGCAGCUUCUUGACAUCUUUGCCGAACUAGAAGAACAAAAUUUAUCUCUGAUUCAGAACAGUCAAGAAACCGAAGAAGCCCUGGAGGAACUUCGACAGACAAUUAAACAGACGCAGGAACGAAUGAACCGCGAAACAGAAAUUCUCAAAGGUCAGAUAGACUUUUUGAAUGAUGCCAUAAACAGAGAGGAAGAGAGAGCAAAGGAACUGGAAAUGAAAUCAAAAAUGUUCUCAUAUGGAGAAUUUAAAGCAGAAGACCAGGAAAAAAUGCUUCAAACGUUGAACAAGAAAGUCGAAGAGGUUUAUCGGAAUUGUAUAGGAGAUAACGAAGCCAACAUAAGCACCCUUCAGAUGCUGACCAAUAUUGAAAAUCGCCUGGAAGAGCUUUUUGAACAAAUCGAAGUUAUGCCACCGGACCGAGUGGAAAUGGCAGAAAAGGCAAAAGAGAAAGAUCGACGCUUACGUCUUCGUGAAGAGAAAAUGGAACUACAAAGACUGCAUCAAGAGGACCGUGUGAGGAGAGCCCUAGAACGAGCUCAAGCUGAGCCGAAGAAAAAGACUGGUAAACCACUGAUGUUCCGCUCAGAACCACCGCAGACGCGAAGAAAGCAGCAGGAUGCCGACAAGAAACAAGACAAAGAGGAAGAGGAACUGAAAUAUUUUUUUACAUAAAACUCUCAACAGCUGUAGACUCCUUGAAAUUUGUUUCUUGCAAAAAAAUAAAUUUUUGUUUGUAUUGAACCAACUGGGACGCGAAACAAAACAAAGUCACACGAGUUCGAGAUAAUUUGUCACUGGCUUUGAUUUAAAUCAAACUUUUGUAAAUUGUAUAUACAUGCAUGUGAAAUGUUUAAUAAACAACAAGCAAAUCUAUGGUCCUAUUGCACCAUUACAA